GUCUUAAUAAUCGACGGUUCAUAAUCUUUUAAAUCCAGAUCCUCCACCCCCCCGAUCCGAAGAACUCGGCUCUGCAAAAUUUCAGCAAGCUUUAUUAACGAAAUCCCAAAUCAAAAUAACCCGGAGAAUCGAGAAAUCAUAAAAGAGACUCGAUCAAGAUUCAACCUUUAUCCCAAUUUUGACCACCUCAAAUGGCCCAAAACCAAAGACCCAAAAGCCUCCUUGAUUCCUUAGGUGAAGAAAUCAUCAGAAUCCUAACCCCUGUUUCAAUCUGCAUGUUUUUAGUCGUCCUUUUGAUCUCCAUUCUCAACUCAAGUUCUUCACUUUCCGUAACAUCAAUUGCAACUAUAGCUUACUCAGAAACCACCUCAGAUUCAUCCUGGGACAAAUUCCUGGGUGCCCUUUUGAAUUCCUUGGCGUUUGUUGCCGUUGUCACUGUUGCUACCUUCAUUUUGGUGCUCUUUUUUUACCUCAGAUGCACCAAGUUCUUGAAAAUAUACAUGGGUUUUUCUUCUUUCGUUGUUUUGGGAUUCAUGGGUGGUGAAAUCGCCUUGUUUCUGACUGAAAAAUUCAGUGUCCCUAUUGAUUGCAUUACCUUUUUUGUGCUCUUGUUUAAUUUUUCUGUUAUCGGUGUUUUGGCUGUUUUUAUGUCGAAAAUGGCGAUUGCUGUGACACAAGGGUACUUGGUUUUGAUUGGAAUGUUGGUUGCUUAUUGGUUUACUCUUUUGCCUGAAUGGACUACGUGGGCGUUAUUGGUUGCAAUGGCAUUGUAUGAUCUUGCUGCUGUUCUACUGCCUGUUGGACCUUUAAGGCUCCUUGUAGAGCUUGCUAUGUCGAGGGAGGAAGAUAUUCCGGCUUUGGUUUACGAGGCUAGGCCGAUUAUGCAUCAUGUUCCUGCUUCGGGGCAGGUUCAAAGACGAAUUUGGAGAGAAAGGCGGAAUGUUAGGCUAGAUUCGGAGGGUAAUUCAAGUUCGAAUAGCAAUGUUGAUGUUGUUUCUGAUUCGAAUUCUAGUGUUAGUAUCAUUCAAGCCAAUCAUAGUGGUACAAGAAUCGCUAGAGUGGAAGAGGGGCAGGUUUCGGAGAGGGAUGCUGAGCUUUCAGAACCAUUGAUUGAUCAGAGAAUGGAUGAUAUGUCGGCUGAAAGCUUGAUGCUAGAAAGUAUGGGAGGCUCGUCCGGUGCUAUCAAGCUUGGACUGGGGGAUUUCAUCUUCUACAGCGUGUUAGUCGGUAGGGCAGCGAUGUAUGAUUUUAUGACAGUGUAUGCAUGUUAUCUUGCAAUUGUAGCUGGAUUGGGCAUUACAUUGAUUCUAUUGGCGUUGUAUCAGAAAGCUUUACCGGCUCUUCCCGUGUCGAUAGCGCUCGGUGUGUUGUUUUAUUUCUUAACAAGGUUCUUACUUGAAGUUUUCAUUGUACAAUGCUCUUUGAAUCUCGUGAUGUUUUAAAGUUUUAUAUCAUUUCAUGCUUUAAAUCAUAGACAUAUGGUACCCUAAAUUCUAUUAUCACUUCUUAUGAGUCAUUUUCUUGAUCA